CGGGUGGGAGGGGUGGGUCCGGGGACGUCGCGGCGGCCGUGGCCGCGAACCCUGCACGCAGGGCAGUCCUCCUCCGCCGCCUCAGAUGAUGGGUCCCGAGGAUGCCGGAGCCUGCUCGGGAAGGAACGCCGAGCUGCUCCCAGUCCCGGGGCCCAUGGGUCAGGACGGGAAGACCGUCCCGGCCACCGGCGGCUUUAGCGGAGGCGCUGUCGCCGCGGAGCCGCCGGAGGAGGCUGGAGAGGAGGAGGCGCCGCCGCCGCGGCAGCUCCUGCAGCGGUACCUCGCGGUGGCCGCGGGCCCGCUGAAGCCCGGGCUCGGCGGGGCGGAGGCGGCGGCGGCGGCGGCAGCAGUAGUCCCCGCGGCGCGCGGCUCAGGCAUGACCAACGGAGACUCGGGCUUUUUGCUGCGCCAGGACCGUCGCGGCCCAGAGGAGGCACGUCGCCGCCGAACCUGCGGCCGUCCCUGCCUGCUGGAGCCCGCGGACGAGGGCGUGGACGGUGCGGGUGGCCUGGACGACUGGGCCGCGCCGCUCGAGGACCCGCUGCGGAGCUGCUGCCUGGCGGCCGGGGACACGGACGACCCGGACCCCGCAGACGCCACCCCUGCCGGGAGGGCCGUCGGGAGCGCGGAGCCCAGCCUCGGCCUCCCCGACGCCCGCUUCGGUUCUCGGAACACGUUCGAGGUGAGCCGCCGUCAGAGCGCCGGCGACCUCCUGCCCUCGGCGGGGCCGUCCGCACCCUUGCCAGCGGCAGAGCAGGGUCCCGGGGGCACCACGGCUCGGGCUCGACGGAGCGGUGGCUUCGCGGAUUUCUUCGCCAGAAACCUUUUCCCAAAAAGGACAAAGGAACUCAAAUCAGUUGUCCAUAGUGCUCCUGGCUGGAAGUUAUUUGGUAAAGUCCCUCCCAGAGAAAAUCUUCAGAAAACCUCCAAAAUUAUUCAGCAGGAGUAUGAAGCUCGAACAGGGAGGACCUGUAAAGUACCGCCUCAGUCUUCAAGACGUAAGAAUUUUGAGUUUGAGCCACUUUCUACCACUGCUCUGAUUCUUGAGGACCGACCAUCGAAUCUUCCUGCGAAAUCUGUGGAAGAAGCGCUGCGUCACCGGCAGGAGUAUGACGAGAUGGUGGCCGAAGCUAAAAAACGAGAAAUUAAAGAAGCACAUAAAAGAAAAAGAAUAAUGAAAGAACGAUUUAAGCAGGAAGAAAGCAUUGCAAGUGCAAUGGUAAUUUGGAUCAAUGAAAUACUGCCCAACUGGGAAGUAAUGCGUAGUACCAGAAGAGUUCGAGAAUUGUGGUGGCAGGGAUUGCCCCCUAGUGUCCGUGGGAAAGUUUGGAGUCUAGCUGUAGGAAAUGAACUAAAUAUCACUCCUGAACUUUAUGAAAUCUUUCUUUCAAGAGCAAAAGAACGGUGGAAAAGCUUCAGUGAAUCAAGUUCUGAGAACGACAUGGAAGGUCUAUCUGUUGCUGACCGAGAAGCUAGUCUGGAAUUAAUUAAGUUGGACAUAUCCCGUACAUUUCCAUCUCUCUACAUCUUUCAGAAGGGUGGCCCAUAUCACGAUGUUUUGCAUAGUAUCUUAGGGGCAUAUACAUGUUACAGACCUGAUGUUGGUUAUGUCCAAGGGAUGUCCUUCAUUGCAGCCGUUCUCAUCCUCAACCUGGAGGAAGCAGAUGCCUUCAUUGCCUUUGCGAAUCUCCUAAACAAGCCGUGCCAGCUGGCCUUUUUCCGCGUGGAUCACAGCAUGAUGUUGAAGUAUUUUGCAACAUUUGAAGUAUUCUUUGAGGAAAACCUAUCCAAACUAUAUCUUCAUUUCAAGUCAUAUAAUCUUACACCAGAUAUAUAUUUGAUAGAUUGGAUCUUCACAUUGUACAGCAAAUCACUGCCACUUGAUCUGGCUUGUCGUGUCUGGGAUGUGUUUUGUAGAGAUGGGGAGGAAUUUUUAUUUAGGACUGGAUUAGGGAUCCUCCGGCUAUAUGAAGAGGUACUCCUACAGAUGGACUUUAUUCAUAUAGCACAAUUUCUUACCAAAUUGCCAGAAGAUAUAACAUCAGAAAAGCUUUUCAGCUGCAUCGCCGCCAUUCAGAUGCAGAAUAGCACCAAGAAAUGGACUCAGGUCUUUGCAUCUGUAGCAAAGGACAUUAAAGAAGGGGAUAAGAACACCAGCCCUGCUCUGAAGAGCUAACCUUUGAGUUAGUGGCAAACUGAAAUGCAAAAGGUAGUUUUCGGGGAAAGUUUUCUCUUUCCUAUGUGGAUACCGUGGAAGAAAUGUCGGAGAGAAGAAUCAGGAGCUGGAAUAACUUCUGGGUUUAAAUUCCAUGGCUGAAGUAAAUGAAAUACGUAAUUUAUUGACAGUAUUAAUAAAAAAGUACCUGUGGAGAGCCAUUUUUCAGAGGAAAAGGCUUAGAUGGCUAUUACAUACUCCAUAAUUUGGAGUGAAUACUUUAAUGCAAUAAUUUUUUUAAAAAAAAUAGCUUCACAGAAACUUCAAUUUUUAUGUCGUUUCUUUUUUAACAAUUAACUAUAAAUGCACUUCUGGAGUCAGAAUAGGAUUGUUAAAUCCUACUUUAGUCUCCAAAAAAGAUAGAACACAUGUAUUAUCUCCAGUUCUGAGCUUUUGAAGAUAUUCUAGACCGGUAGUAAGCAACUUGAGCUGUAAGUUCCGUCCGUCACUGAAGCUCUUGCUUGCUUUGCUCCCAGGCUAGGGAAGUCCUCCACCUCUAGAACUGGAAUGCUGAUGGACAUUAUUUCUUGUUUCGCUUAUGGUGUUUCCCACAGUGUUGUGUCUCCUUGUUUUUUUUGAAGAGAAAUCUUUCUCUAAGUAAUUUCUAUCACAAAAGAAUCUUCGCCUUAUUGUUUCUUGUCUGCAAAUUGUUAUGUAGUAACUUAACAUUAAAAAACUAAGUAACUGGUAGAAUGGAAGAUCUUUUUGCACUUUAGAGGACUGAAGACUUGACUUUGAGAAUAAGAAUAAGAAAGCAAUGAAUUCUAAGAGUUCGAGAUAACACACUACUUACACGACUUGAAUUUUUUAGUUAAAAAUCCAUGUUUUAUCUAUAGAAACAAAUUUUACUAAUUUCAGUUUGAAAUUUAAAACUUUAUAUAGCUAAGUCUAAGACUUGUGAAACUCUAUGCAUAUUUUUUUCUAAUUGAUGGGAAUAAUUGUAAAAGUAAUUUUACCUUUUUUCUUAGUCUAAUGGCAUCUCAGAUAAACUAUUAAUCAUUGGUAAAUUGACAUUAAAUUUAUUGCUCUUAAUUUCUUAACCUAACCUACCUAAAUCAUUUGAGUAUAAUGGUUAAUAUCAGUUUAAGAUACUAUUUGGUUAUUGAUUAGAUUUAUACUGUUCUGAUGUUGCAAUUUGGUUUGAAACAACAUAGAAGCACACAUUUCUGUUAGUAGUGGAUAUAUAUAUAUAUAUAUAUAUAUAUAUAUAUAUAUAUAUAUAUAGUCUUUAGACUAACAAGCCAGAUUCUUCCUUAUUGGAUAAUAAACUGCCUUAGGAGUAUGGGACCAGAGGAAGUGCAUAUAUUUUUACCCUAUGGGUUGAUCAUUCUAGCCUCAGGAACCCUGUAGAAUUAACUCCUGUCAUAGGGGCUAGCUCAGUGAAACUGGUAGUAUAAUAAAAUAGUGAGGGAGUUUCUAGAGUCUUAAUAGGUUCUACCAUGAGGACUAUCCCUUGAUAUUGGUGUCUCUCAUAAAAGGCACAUAACCUCCAGGAGUAAUCUCAUUGAAUUUAUAUUACUUGGCCUAGAUUUAAUCUUAUUUUCAUGUAUUAGUUUGCUAAGGUGGUCCUACACUCUGUAUUUCUUUCCCUUAUUUUAUUGUACAGUUUCUUUACCUACCAAGUAUAAAUGUGUAUAUAAAAUGUAAAUACAAGAAAUUCACUAAAAUCCACUAGUAACAAUUACUAUGAACAAUAAAACUUGUACACAGAA